AUCUACACCCUACCUCUGCCUGCUUCACAGCUUGUCCCAACCCUUGUUCCUUGUUGAACUUAGAUCAAACUGCUGCGUUAGCUCAGUAGCCCCCUGCUGUCUCAGCCCUACGGCUCCUAAUCCUACCAACUUCCUGUUGCACUGGGUGUAGUUUCCCUCAUUUUAUCCUAUUCCUGCUUAUGAGAUAGGAGAUGUCCUGGUUUUGUACCUCUUAAAAACCAGUGAGCUUUAAAAGACCAAAAGCUUUUAAGCAUGGAAUGACCCUCUUGGUAUAACAGGUUUUUCCUAGCAUAAGGAUGAAAUAAGUAGGACCAGUCAGUCCAAAACAACCACCCUAUCAUGCAAGAAAGCACCUGGAUUUGUUUCAAGUUGCAAACUCCGUCCUGCUUAAAGCAAUCCUGCCCCAGGUUGGAAGCCAGAUGAAACUCAUCAAGUUAGCUAGAGUGCCACUUUGGGUGUUCAAAGGAACCGCACUAACAGACUCAAGUGGUGGAAAUCCCUUGGAUCAAAACUAAAGAGGUCACUGGCAUAUAACCCUGUGGAGGCAAACAGAGCCACUGCCACAAUAAGCAGCCUGUCCCCUGUGCAACUCGCUCUCCUGCCCAGUGUAUUGCUGUGGUAGUGAUGGAGACAUGCGAAAAACAAUUGGGUUUUGUUUUCCUCCUUCCCAACAAUACAUGAAUGUCUUUCUUAUAUUAGAAACUGCUGCUAAGAAUCCCUUUGUUAUGUUUGUCACCCUGCCACACAACAAGGAGAAGUAAUAAAUCUUGUUUAAUCCUACCCUCCAGUUUUCCCAUUAACUCUACCUUCCCUCGCCAAACACCAGGCUUGCGUGAUCUGUAAUGGCAAAUCUCCACCUCCAAAAACUGCAAAGGGAACCAGUAUUUUCAUACUCUUAUAAUAAGGAGCUGGGGCUCCAGUUGGUUGAUUUCUUCUUUGUAAUUUGAAUGCUGUUGUCUACACAAGAACGUGGUCUGUAUCCUGUUGAUGGCAUGUUAGCAAAAUGGGUCUUACCUGAAAUGCACUGUACAGAGAGCAAUGUUGAUCAGGCAGAAAGCUGAGUGGGUGACCAGGUUGUUCAGAGCGGAAGGACUUCCGUUUAUUAGGUCAUUGGUCUGGCUGAUCCAAAAAGCUACGAGUGCUUGCAAAUGAUUCACUGGUUGUGCUCGAGUUGGAUCGCUCUUUGCUGCAGCUCAACUCAGGCUGAACACUGCAAGAUAUUUUCAAUGUGAAAGGUCGCUCCUGCCAUCUCACCUGCAUAGGAGAAUGUAUAGUGUUGAGGGAGGAGAAUAAUACUCAGGAUGGGGCAGGUACUGCUAAUAAAAGACUUGCAAAGCAUGGUCGUGGUCUGGAAAAUUCUUUCCCUUGCCACAAAUCUAAGUUUGGCCUGAGGGUUAGCGAUUAUUUCUGCCUGACCAAACGGACGCAGGGUCAGUUUUUCAAAAGGUGUUUCAGCACCUAAAGCAGCAGAUGGAUUGAAAAAUCCCACUAGGUGUCUCUCUGCCUUUUUAGGUGCUGAAAUACCUUUGAAAAUGUGGCCCGCUAAGGGACUGUUCCUGUGAGGUGCUGAGCUCCCCCUACUGCAAGUGCUCCCUGAAUUCAAGUGGAUUUUGAAAAGAGGAAACUGAUUACAGAGGGACUGGGAAAAUGACAACACACGCCACCGUCUUCCGACUUGCAAGUCUCAACCUGUACAGAUGUACAGGGAAAUGAAGAGACAGGCAAGUGGCUAAAUGAAGAUCAGAACCCAGAUCUCCAGGCCAGUAACCCUAUCAAUUAGGCCAUGCUGCCUACCACUUGAUGAGGGCCUGAUGGAUUUCUGCGGAGCAUUGGCAAAUGCACAGGUACAUGCUGAAGAUAACAGGCUACAGCUACCUCCGGGCCAUGAGGUUCGCAGUGGAGCAGAUCCACAAUUCCAGUACCCUGCUGCCUCGUGUCUCCCUAGGCUACGAGAUGGUCGACAUCUGUUAUUUCACCAACUCCAUCCGCCCCAUCUUGUAUUUCCUCGCCAACGAGCACUUUGUGGUACAACUGCACAAUAACUACACACACUAUCAGCCCCGGGUGCUGGCUGUGAUUGGCCCAGACUCCUCACAAGCAGUUGUUAUCGUGGCCCAUGUAUUGAGUCUUUUCCUCAUUCCACAGAUCUCCUACAGGGCAACCACUAAUGAGCUGAACGACCGCGAACGCUUCCCCACUGCCUUCCGUGCCAUUUCCAGCAGGGAGCAGCAGAUUGUGGCCAUGCUGCUCCUGCUGAAGGAGCUCCAGUGGAACUGGAUCAACAUUCUGUACAGUGAUGAUGAUUACGGGCAGCAGAACCUGAAGCUCCUGUGGGCCAGGGCUACUGGGAUCUGUGUGGCAUUGCAGGACAUCAUCCCAGUGCCCCGCAGCAGCCAGCUGCUCUCACUAGAGUUCCAGGGAAAGAUCAAGGCCAUUGUCAGCAAGGUCAACCUCAGUACGGCCAAGGUGGUCAUCCUCCUGUCUUUGGAGCUGACACUACCAUUCUUCUUCCAAGAAGCUGUCCCCCAGAAUGUCACAGAUUUGGUGUAGAUUGCCACCGAAGCCUGGGCCAUUGAGCCGACCCUGUACAACAUCACUGACCUCUGGAGGGUGAGCUCCGUCCUGGGGGUGGCAGCAAAAGAAUUCUCCAUUCCUGGUUUUGAUGACUUCAGGGUCAGCCUGGCAGAAGGAGCCAAUGGGCAGGCGAGCGACCAAACUAUGUGCAACCAAGCAUGCGACCAGUGCCUCAGAUCUGCCCGAGACGCAGACCACGUUAUGAGGGCCCAAGGGGAACGCAGAGACUUCACUGUCUACUCUUCUGUCUACAUCGUGGCUUUGCACAGGCUGCUGGGCUGCAAUACCAAGGAUGCCACAAGCGGAUGGUUUACCCCUAAGGAUCAAUUUCAGAGAGAAAGGCGAUACUCCAAACAGCUUCGAGAUCAUCCAGUGGAAGUGGGACCAACCAAGCAACCCUUUUCAGAAAAUCGCCUCCUAAAGCACAAGGAACCAGAAGCUGCUGUUCAUCACCCAGAACAUCUCCUGGCACACCCCAAACAACAUGGCAAGUUCCCUCCACCCAUUAUCACACAUCUGUGUAUCCCCUUUCCUGUCUAUGCUGUGGCUGAAUUGGAAUUGGAUAGCAACUAUUAUGGAGCAUUUACAAGUUCUUCCGGCUCACCUGGAAGUUGCGAGAUAGUCAUUGUUUUCCUCCAAUUCCCUUUUACCCAGGUCCCCAUUUCAGUCUGUUCCCAGCAGUGCGAGCCCGGGCAGUGGAGAAAGCCCACAAGUGUUAGCAGCUGCUGUUUUGAGUGUAUCGAUUGUGAAGCAGGGACUUUCCUCAACCACAACGACCUAUACAACUGCCAGCCUUGUCCAGCUGACCAGUGGUAAUGGGCCAGAAGUCAAGAGUGCUACCCAAGGCUUGUGAAAUAUCUGCAAUGGCAAGAAGGCACUGCAGUGGUGUUGCUGCUAUUCUCGGUGCUGGGCACUGUAGUCAUAUCUGUCACCUUUGCCAUUCAUUUGCACACCCCUGUGGUGAAAUCUGCAGGAGGCAGGAUUUGCUUCCUUAUGCUGGCAUCUCUGAUCAUCUGUUUCGUCAACGUCCCCAUGAAGAUGGGGAUCCCAACAGAGUUCACAUGCGUGUGCCGGCAAAUAGUGUCCAGCCUCUGCUUCACUGUGUGCAUCUCCUGCCUCACUGUCAGGUCCUUCCAGAUCAUCAGCAUUUUCAAGAUGGCUGCCUGGCUGCCCAAAGCCUACAGCUACUGGAUGAAGUACAAUGGCCAGUAUAUUUUUAUAACUGUAAUUAUAGCUCUAAAAGUCACCUUCACUGUGACCAACUUUAUCAUCCACCCUCCUGCUCCAGUUCUGUUAGCUCAGGAGGACGACCCCUCUACAGUAGUGCUGCAAUGCAACAAGAGCUACAAGUUGGUCUUGCUGAUGAACAGCAGCCUAGAUAUGUUUCUCUCUAUUCUGUGCUUCUAUUUUUCCUACAUGGGCAAGGAGCUUCCCAAGAACUACAACGAAGCCAAGUACAUCACGCUGUGUAUGACCUGCUAUUCUGUUUCUGGGAUUGCCAUUUUCCUGGUCAUGUCUAGGUACAGAGGGGUGCUGGUGACCUUGCAAAUUUCCCUCCUACCCCCUCAAACACAGCAACAGGUACAACAACUAGGGUGGGCUGGAAAACAAGAGUCCUAUUUCACGAAACAACUCGAGGUUUUGACAUUUGUUUUUGUUCUGCAUCAGAACAAGUACUAGAUCGGUCAAAGAAAUUCUUAUACCCCAGGGGAGGGGAGGGUGGAAGGGAAGGACAGCAGGGGCUAGCGGUGCUGCUUUACAUAAUCCCAAUAUACAACACACACACAAUGAAGAGGAAACAGGUUAAGGGCACCUCCUUAGCUCAGGUUCAGUGCCACACCUGUAUGAAGCAACAGCAGCCACCAGCCCUGCACCAACCUUGGUACUUACACAUGUCCCCUCUCCAUCACCCUUGCAUCAGGGCACCCUUAAUUGCUCAUCCUCACUCCUGCAUGUCUAAGACCUCCUGCCGCCUGGUGAUUUUAGAAAGGGGCAUUCAGCCCGGCUCUCCCACUCUUCAGAAAAAUGGCAAGUGGCAGAUUUUUCCAUACGAUAACGUAUAGAUCCAUCUGCUUUCAGUUAGCAGCUCUGACUGAGGCUAAUUGGCAGAUAAAACCUUGUGAUGUACCAUGUUAGAUAAGUAGUUAUAAGAGCCCAGAUUGAGUCUGACACUUCUUGGAUGGAUCCCAAAGUCAUUCCUCCCCCCCGCAACUCCACCAACCACAGAUUGCUCAUGGUGCUAAUGCAACCCAGAUUGAAUGCACAGAAGCUGUAGGGGUAUUAACAAGUGUCAAAACGCUUUGAACUGUUCCCGGCAAAGGGCCAUGCUAUAUUCUUCACACUGAAUGGACCUUCGUGUUAGGUUCCGAGACAAGCAAGUGAAAUUUAAGAUCUAAAGUAAAGCAAAUGAGAAAGCAGGGGUCGUGCACACCCAAUAAGAUGGGGGCAAUAAAUGGGAGAGAUGGAAAAAAAACAGCAAAUUCCACUGUAGAAGACAUGAACUUAGAGAUCAUUUAAUUUUUCUGAAGGAAUGGUGUUUUUCUGGCUUUCAGAACAGUAUUGCCUACACUGAGCAGGCAAAAGGCAUGAAUCAGGCACCAAUAAUCAUGAGAUUGGCUUAUAGAUCAUGAGAUUGUCAAAUAACAUAAAUCUUGGGGUCACUGAAUUGCUUUCUGGUUAUUGUGCCACUAGGGGGUCACGUUUUCAAGCUUUUCUCCACAGCCACAAGGGCUAGAUUGUGGUGAAUUCUCCAUCACGGGCAAUUUUUAGUUUAAAAUUGGAUGGUUUUCUAUGAGAUAUACUGUAGCUCAAACAGGAAUUAUUAUGGACAAGUUCUAUGACUUGUGCUAUGCAGCAGGUCAGAUCAGAUGAUCACAAUGGUGUCUUCUGACCUUGGAAUUUAUUAAUCUAAAUGUACUUUAAACAGUGGAGAUUCUCACAUAAUCACAUGAUUCCAGGAGCUUCAGCACCAAGAAAAAUGCCAAACACCAUGAGACUUGCAGUAAAAUAAUGAGUACUGGCAACACAAAAAUGCAUAGAUACCUCUAGUGGAGCAGAUAUCCAGCUCAAGUCUCAAUGCAGUAAUUAUACAGAUAUACACACAAAUAUUGACUGGCUAUAGUGUCAAUAUCAGUGAAAUAUUGUCCAAGGGGCAGGAUAGCCCCUGAGACUGUGGCAUAUGAAGUGCCUGCAAACACAGUAGACAAACCCCCAUUAUCUCAUUGCCUUGGGAUAGCUAAAGCUCUAGGUAAAUCAAAUAAAUGUACUUCAGAAUCAGCAACAGGUAUGCAGUUCAGAAAAUCAGGGUUGAGCUAACUGGGGUUUUGCCGUAUUACAUGGAGGGGGAUCAUCAAACUGGGGUCUCUCUGCAUUGUACAGUCAUGGGGAGUGGGAUCAGCUAAUUGGGAUCUCUGCACUGCACUGCACUGCACUGCACUGUGUGUGUGCGUGCAAGAGGUGGGCAUGGGAGGUUCAGUUAAUUGGGGGGCUCUGCAUUGCACUCCUGUGUUGAUACAGGGAAGGGGAGAUUUAGCUAACUGGAAUGCCUCAGGAAAUAGAGUACUUUUGGCACCUUAGAGACUAACAAAUUUAUUUGAGCAUAAGCUUUCAUGAGUUACAGCUCACUUCAUCGGAUGCAUUCGGUGGAAAAUACAGUGGGGAGAUUUAUAUACACAC